CCCAGCCCAGCCCAGCCCAGCCGAGGGAGUCCUGGAAAGCCUGCCCCUUCCAUGUGUCUGCAAGGGGUCUGCUUCCAAGCUCUAAAACCCUGGGCGAAGGCGCUGCGUGCCCGACCUCUGCUCUUCCCGGGGGUGGCUGCCCUUUCCAAAGUGUGCAGCUGUCUCCUCCCCUCCAGCGCCGCCGUUGCCCGGGACCAGGGCUGCACCCCGCACCUCCGCUUGCCCCUCCGCCCGCUCUGCAAAGUUGGGCAGCUCCGGGAGCUCGCUUUGCCUUUGCGCUUCUCCCGGCCCCACCCGCAGCGCCCCUCCUCCCACGCUCCCUUCCACCAGGGGCAGCGGGUCCCCGCGGGCUGGUAGCCCGCACCCCUUGCCAGUCCUCCGCCCUCAGGCGCGACCAUGCUGCUAAGGAGCGUCCUGCUGGUGGCGCACGCCCUGCAGCUCUCGGGUGCCCUUGACCUGCCUUUCGGCUCCUGUGCCUUUGAAGAGGGCACUUGUGGCUUCGACUCGGUGCUUGCGUUUCGGCCGUGGAUUUUAAAUGAGGAAGGCCAUUAUGUUUAUGUGGACACCUCCUUUGCCAAGCAGGGGGAGAAAGCCGUGCUGCUAAGUUCUGAAUUACAGGCUGAGGAAUGGUGCUGUCUCCGCUUGGUCUACCAGAUAACCGCGUCUUCAGGGUCUCUGUCAGGUCCCAGCCAGCUGAACCUCUAUGUGAGAUACGAGGAUGAAAGCUUUGAUCGCUUGCUUUGGUCAGCUAAGGAACCUUCAGACAGCUGGCUCAUAGCAAGCCUGGAUUUACAAAACAGUUCCAAAACAUUCAAGAUUUUAAUAGAAGGCGUCCUAGGACAGGGAAGCACAACCAGCAUUGCCCUCUUUGAAAUCAAGAUGACCACCGGCUACUGUAUUGAAUGUGACUUUGAAGAGAACCAUCUCUGUGGCUUUGUGAACCGCUGGAAUCCCAAUGUGAACUGGUUUGUGGGCGGAGGAACUGUUCAGAACUCCCACUCUGUCCUCCCACAGGAUCACACUUUUAAGAGUGAACUGGGGCACUACAUGUAUGUGGACUCGGUUUAUGUCAAGCACUUCCAGGAGGUGGCGCAGCUCAUCUCCCCGAUGACCACGGUCCCCAUGUCUGGCUGCCUGUUCUUCUAUUACCAGCUCCAGCAGGGCAAUGACAACGUCUUCUCCCUCUACACUCGGGAUGGGACGGGCCUGUAUGAGGAGAUAUGGAAAGUGGACAAUCCGGGAAACGCAGCCUGGAACCUUGUGGAGGUGGAGUUCAGUGCUCCUUACCCCAUGGAGGUUAUUUUUGAAGUUGCUUUCAAUGGUCCCAAAGGAGGAUAUGUUGCCCUGGAUGAUAUUUCUUUCUCUCCUGUUCACUGCCAAAAUCAGACAGAGCUUCCUUUCAGUGCCAUGGAAGCAAGCUGCAAUUUUGAGGAAGACUUCUGUAACUUUUACCAAGAUAAAGAUGGUCCUGGCUGGACCCGAGUGAAAGUAAAACCAAACAUGUAUCGGACUGGAGACCACACUACAGGCUUAGGGUAUUACUUGCUGGCCAACACAAAGCUUACAUCUCAACCUGGCUACAUUGGAAGGCUCUAUGGUCCCUCCCUACCAGGAAACUUGCAGUAUUGCCUGCGUUUUCAUUAUGCCAUCUAUGGGUUUUUGAAAAUGAGUGACACUCUAGCAGUUUAUAUCUUUGAAGAAAACCAUGUUGUUCAAGAGAAGAUCUGGUCCGUGCUAGAGUCCCCUAGGGGUGUGUGGAUGCAAGCUGAAAUCACCUUUAAGAAGCCCAUGCCUACCAAGGUAGUCUUCAUGAGUCUAUGCAAAAGUUUUUGGGACUGUGGACUUGUAGCCCUAGAUGAUAUUACAGUACAGUUGGGAAGCUGCUGGUCUCCAGAGAGCCUCCCACCUCCACCUGGACAAUGCACUUUUGAUCAAGAUGAAUGUGCCUUUACUCAGGAGAAGAGAAACCGGAGCAGCUGGCACAGGAGGCGAGGAGAAACUCCCACUUCCUACACAGGACCAAAGGGAGAUCACACUACUGGGGUAGGCUACUACAUGUACAUCGAGGCGUCACACAUGGUGUAUGGACAGAAAGCACGCCUCCUGUCCAGGCCUCUGCGAGGUGUUCCCGGAAAACACUGCUUGACCUUUUUCUACCACAUGUAUGGAGCAGGGACUGGUCUGCUGAGUGUUUAUUUGAAAAAAGAAGAACACAGUGAAGAAUCUCUGUUAUGGAGAAGAAGAGGUGAGCAGAGCAUUUCCUGGCUUCAAGCACCGAUCGAGUACAGCUGCCCUCACCCACACCAGAUAAUUUUUGAAGCCACUCGGGGAGUGUCGAUAAGAAGUGAUAUUGCCAUUGAUGAUGUUAAAUUUCAGGCCGGACCCUGUUCAGAAAUGGAAGAUACAGCUCAACAAUCAUCAGGAUAUUCUGAGGAUUUAAAUGAAAUUGACUAUUAAGAAAUGAUCUAAAUUGGAUAAACUAAACAAAAGCUAUACCUCUCUUCAAUCAAAAUGGAAACAAAUGAAUACUGGAGACCCUUAGCCAUUUCAUAAGUUAUGUAAAAUGACUUCACUGCAUCCUUUUUCAUUACUUUUGCAAAAAAAUACUGACUCAGGGCUUUUCUUUUUUUCUUUGUUUUGCAUUUGACAACUGUUACUAGAGGUACAGGCUGAUGGAUUUGCAUA